AUGCCCUUCGGCUUGAAAAACGCUGGAGCAACGUAUCAACGACUGGUCAAUCACAUGUUCCAUCCUCAGAUUAGGCGAAAUGUUGAAGUGUAUGUGGAUGACAUGUUAGUAAAAAGUUUGGAAGAGUGUAAACAUCUAGACGACUUACAAGAAACCUUCAACACACUCAGGCGGUACAGUAUGAAGUUGAACCCCAGCAAAUGUGCUUUCGGAGUAGUAUCAGGAAAAUUUCUUGGAUUCAUGGUCUCACACAAGGGGAUCGAGGCAAACCUGGAAAAGAUCAAGGAAAUCCUAGAUAUGAAGCCUCCGCAGAGUAUUAAAGAAGUUCAAUCUCUCACCGGGCGAGUUGCCGCCAUCAACAGGUUUGUCUCUAAAGCUACUGACAAGUGUUUACCAUUUUUCAAGGUUCUAAAGAAAGCAUUCGAGUGGACGGACGAGUGCCAAAGAGCCUUCCAAGAUUUGAAGACGUAUCUUGUUACGCCCCCGCUGCUGAGUCCGUCCGUGGUGAGAGAAGAACUGUUUUUAUACCUGGCGGUGACCCCACAUGUCGUGAGCUCAUCACUGAUAAGAGAGGAAGCAAAAAUGCAAAAGCCAGUAUACUACACCAGUAGGGCAUUGAGGGGGGCGAAAGGACGAUAUUCGCUAAUGGAAAAGCUGGCCUUCGCACUCAUCACGGCUUCCAGGAAGUUAGGACACUACUUCCAAGUCCAUGUAAUCAGCGUUAUGACAGAUCACCCACUUAAGAAAGCCAUGAACAAGUUGGAAGCUGCAGGACACUUUAUUGCGGAGUUCACGCCAAGAUGCGAUGAUGAAGAAGUGCAGGAGGAUAAAAAGUGGGUGGUCCAUGUAGAUGGCUCGUCCACGCAGCAUGCAGGAGGAAUAGGGGUGGUUUUGCAAUCCCCUGAAGGAGAUAAGUUGAAGCAUAGAGUCCAUUUACAAUAUCGACCAACUAACAAUGAAGUUAAGUAUGAAGCCCUGCUUAAAGGGCUAGAAUUGGUCAAAUCUGUAGAAGCGAAGUCAGUGCUCGUCUUGGGAGACUCUCUGUUGGUAAUGGGCCAAAUAAAUGGGACAUAUGAGGCGAAGGAAGAACGAAUGAAAAAGUACUUGGAGAGGGUGUUACACCUUGUGAAGAAAUUCAAGGAAGCUAACUUCAUUCAAAUCACGAGGGAAGAGAAUGCAGAAGCAGAUACCUUAGCGAAGGAAGCCUCAGCAAUCGGAACAACGGACGAGUAUGAUGAAAUUCAGUACGUCCUAAGAGUCUUCCGUCCUUCAGGUACGACACGAUUGGGGUCAUCCAAUUUUCUUCAUUCCCUAUUUGCUGCACUUCCGGGAGAUCUACACUUGGGACGUACUGAAUUUCAUCAUACUCGUCCGUUGUUCCGGUUGCUGAGGCUUCCUUCGCUAAGGUGUCUGGCCCCAGAUGAGGCAAACUAUGUGCUGAGGGAAGUUCAUGAAGGAGCCUGUGGAAACCAUUCGGGAGCCAAAUCGCUCAUCCACAAAGUCGUCCGUGCAGGGUACUAUUGGCCAACUGUUCAAGUGGAUGCAAAAGCUUAUGUCAAGGCAUGUGACAAAUGCCAACGAUUCAGUAAUAUCCCCAAACAACCAUCAGAGUAUCUCACCCCAAUGAUGGCCCCGUGGCCCUUUGCUCAAUGGGGCCUAGAUAUCCUUGGUCCUUUUCCACUUGGAACUAGACAGAUGAAGUUCUUAGUGGUAGGGAUUGACUAUUUCACUUAG